GCGUCGAGAUUUGCAUUGAGAGGAUAUGCACUUGGCGUCUCAGACCAGUUUUCACUCCCUCUUUUCAGUCGGUUGUUCGUUCCCCUUCGUUUCGGGCGUCACCCUUUCCUUUUCCUUUGUUGCCCCCCCCCUGACCCACUAUUCAAUGACGAUUGCGAACGCAAACGCACUGCUGAGCAAGCUGCGCGGCGAGUGGACUGCGACCAAGCCAAACCACCAGCUGUGCGGCGACCUCCUCAUCCAGCUCAAGAUCGCAUUGACAGAGCUGUCGUUCUUGCCGACCGCGGGCGUCCAAUCUGCAGAGGAACUCUUGCUCGCUCGGGAGGUGCUCGAGAUUGGUGCUCUGCAUAGCAUCGCCGUUGGCGACUUUGCCGCGUUCGACCGCUAUGCCGUGCAGCUCCGAACCUACUACUUUGAUUACGCUGCCGCAAUUCCCACCUCCAGCCAGCGCAGCCUCCUGCUCGGCCUGCACCUGCUCCGCCUGCUUUCGCAGCAGCAAAUCGGCGACUUCCACGUGGCGCUUGAGCGACUGAACUCGGUCACGUUGACCAGCGACCCGUUUGUGCGAUUCCCGAUUGCCCUCGAGCAACACAUCAUGGAGGGUCUCGAUCACCAGGUUUUCGCGGCCGUCCAGAACGUGCCCCAUCCUAGCUAUGUCCCAUUCAUGGAGCAGCUUUUGCAGACGUUGAGGAGUAAUGCGGAAAGCGACAAGCUCAAGCUGUCAGUCGGUGAUGCCCGAAAAUUGGCCGCCAAAAUCGAGCUGCACGACUAUUCUGCCCAAGUCAUCCAAAAUGCGUUGGGCUACGCCAAGGAGCUUGAGCGUAUUGUGUAAAGCUGUUAACAAAUAAAUGUUGGACCUUGUUCAAAUACUGUGCGUGUCACACGAGGGCCUUGCGAUGGAAUCUACAUGUGUCGUUUGUUGUGGA